GGGCUCUCGCCCUCCAGGCUUGAGCCCUAAAUAUACUGCUGUAGUAAAUGUUUAAAUGAAUAACAAAGCAUAGCUGGCAAGUAUGCCUUUUCUUUCACUUGUGGUGGCACAUUGGUUAAAGACUGCGAGGUAAGUCAAACUUUUUCAACAUUGUUUAGAAUAUACUGCUAAAAUACAUUUAAAUGUAUAACAAACCAUAGCUGACAAAUGUAUCUUUUUCUUUUGUGUGGUGGUGCACUGGUUAUAGACUGCGAGUUGAAGUUAAAUGCUUGCUUUUUUUCAUAGCAAAAUUAAGACCGUAUCCAUGUGUGCUAGGUAGUGUUAAGAUAUUAAUCAGUACUUGUGUCUUGUCAAGGGCUUAUGUGAAUAUGUUGCUGGUCACAAAAUCUUGCAUUGAUAUUUUAAUUAAGAAACAUUUCUUAUUCUCUUUCCAUUCCUGUUAAUGUUAGUACAUCACAUUUUUAUGUUAAUCAUUUGAACUGUUUGAAUAGCUACAGUGUAAUCAGGUUCUGAUGCUUUAAGAAUUGAGAAGUACAUGUAGUAAUUCUGUUUCCGUGUUCACAGAUGCCGCGACCAACCAAGAGGUCGACAAUAGCCAAACGGCUAUACGCACAGAGAUGUGCAAGUACAGAGGCUGCACCGCUUCCUCUUAAAAUAACUGAAGCAGAGUUUCCACCCCUUCCUCUUAAAAAAAGGGCAGAGGCUGCACGACCACCUCUUAAAACAUACAAGGCCGAGGUAACGCCGCUUCCUCGUAAAAAAAUGGCCGACUGCUCCGGCAGUUGUAAUCCUGGCCCCACCCAGCAGGUUCCACCCCGUCCUGCAAAAACAAACGGGAAAGAGGCUGCGACGCUUCCUCUCAAAAUAAGUCAAGCCAAGGUUAUGCCCACUCCUUGUAAAAAAAAAGGCCGGUUUUGCCAUCGUGUAGAAACCACCCCUCAACAGGUUCCACCCCUCCCUGUGGGUACAAUUGGGGUAGAGGCAAAGACGCUCCCUCUUAAAACAAGUCGAGCCGAGGUUAUGCCACAUCCUCGUAUAAAAAAAGGUCGGUUUUGCCAUCGUGUAGAAACCAACCCUCAACAGGUUCCACCCCUCCCUGUGGGCGCGAUUGGGGUAGAGGCAAAUACGCUCCCUCUUAAAACAAGUAGAGCCGAGGUUAUGCCACAUCCUCGUAAAAAAAUAGGCGGUUUUUGCCAUUGUGUAGAAACCACCCCUCAACAGGUUCCACCCCUCCCUGUGAAUCCAAUUGGGGUAGAGGCUGCACCGCUUCCUCUUAAAACAAGUCAAGCCGAGGUUGUGUCACGUCCUCGUCCAAAAGUGACAGACAAAGAACGCCUAUGUUCGAUGUCGGAAAUUUCCAACCAAACAAAACCCAGAUAUACCCUGCCUAUUUCCGUUCAUAAACCAUCUAUUCCUGUUCAUAAACCAUCUAUUCCCGUUCAUUCACCGUCUAUUUCAAAGAGAUUCCCAUUGAACUCAAACGAAAACAAAAGAAAAAGCUCAAAACAAUGUUUCAACAGGUGUGACCAAUCUGUCAAAAGUUCCAGACAAUCUGCAGGAAGGUUUGUGAUUCCAACCAAGUCGAUGGAUAAUGAUUUGAACACUUUAAAUUUGAGUUUUGAAUUUCCACAGAAAUCCGUGCUGACAGGUUCUUUUGAUCAAGCUGAUGCCCGCUUUGGAGAUUUGCGCAACAGGCAGUGUGGAGCCAUCAGUCUGACGGCAGUUUUGAGAAGCAAGCUGAAGAAUGUGCUGACGUGGUCGACACAAGAUCUGGAUGGUGUCUUGGUUGCAGGAACACACCUCUAUGAGUCUCUGAGAAAACAGGGUAACAUAAAAGACCGGGAAGUGAAGGGUAGGAAUUACAUUGCAGUCCAUGAACUACCAAGGAGACACAUGUUGGGUAAUACUACAUUUUCCAUCGAGUACAGUCCAUCUCUGACUGGUUUUGUUAAUGUCAAUGAGUACCAUGCGUAUGACAAAGCCAUAAGCGGUGUAGCCAUGCCACUUGAUGUAGCUCUUCAGCAAGCUCUACUGAGUGCUGAUGCUUUCUUGUUAACCGUUUGUGCCAACACAUCUGCAGUUAUUAAGCAGGGAUCAUGGUAUGCAGUUGUUGACUCUCAUGCUAUCAAAACAGAGACGAGUUGUGUUACUUAUCACAGAUCCGUUGAGUCUCUGUACAACUAUAUUAAUGACAUGGCACAGUUAUUUGGGGAACCUGAGCCACCAUUUGAGAUAACUGGAGUUUUGGUUUAUGCAGACGCAGAAGUUUGUGAUCCAUUGGAAGAAGCCGCUGGCAGCAGUUUUCCAUGCACUUCUGGUAAAGCCCUUUACAGCGAGGUCUUAAAACGCUCACCCAAGGUCUGUGAAUCUGUAAAGAGUGAGGUAAAGCCAUCUGAUUUUCAAGUAGACUCUGGCAAACUCCGGCAACCCCAGAUGAAGCACCCCAUGAAAACCCAACCAAAAUCCAUGAAAAAACCUAUCCAAACUGAACAAAACAUUCCUGCAAAUUGCCAUGAAAGUGCUUUGAGUGCUUGUUGUGAUUUUCCACAGAAAUCCAUGCUAAAAGGCUCUUUUGAUCAAGCUGAUGCCCGCUUUGGAGAUUCACGCAACAGGCAGUGUGGAGCUAUCAGUCUCACGGCAGUGUUGAGAAGCAAGCUGAAGAAUGUGCUUACGUGGUCGACACAAGAUCUGGACAGUGUCUUGGUUGCAGGAACACGCCUCUAUGAAUCUCUGAGAAAACAGGGUAACAUAAAAGAUCGGGCAGUGAAGGGUAGGAAUUACAUUGCAGUCCAUGAACUACCGAGGAGACACAUGUUGGGUAAUACUACAUUUUCCAUUGAGUACACUCCGUCUCUGACUGGUUUUGUUAAUGUCAAUGAGUACCACGAGUAUGACCAAGCCAUAAGCGCUGUAGCCAUGCCACUUGAUGUAGCCCUUCAGCAAACUCUACUUAGUGCUGAUGCUUUCUUGUUAACCAUUUGUGCCAACACAUCUGCAGUUAUUAAGCAAGGGUCGUGGUAUGCAGUCGUUGACUCUCAUGCCAUCAGGACAGACACAAGUUGUGUAGUCUAUCACAGUACCAUAGAGUCUCUGUACAACUAUAUCAAUGACAUGGCACAGUUGUUUGGGGAACCUGAGCCACCAUUUGAGAUAACUGGAGUUUUGGUUCAUGCAGAUGCAGAAGUGUCUGAUCCGCUGCAAGAAGCAGGCAGCAGCAGUUUACCAUGCUCUUCCGGUAAAGCCCUCUACAGUGACGUCUUAAAACGCACACCAAAGGUACGUGAAUCUGUGAAGACUGAGCCAAAGACCCCUGAUUGUCCGGUACCUGUGGAUGAAGUUGCAGAUGUGAGAAACCCUAACCUUCCAACGCAGACAGUCUCUAAUGUGUUGCCAAGUAAAGGUAAAAGAUUGAGGAAAGAAAAGCACAUUGAGCUGUCAGGUAAACGGGUUACAAAAUCACACGCUGAAACUGUUGUAACCGAUGACCUGAUGAUCACUGAUGUUUCAGUUCCAGAUGUCUUUUUUUCUCCCUUAACACAUAAUGAUAAGCAAGCUUUAUGUGAGCUCAUACAAAUGUCCAGUGAUAACAGUGACCAUAAUGUCAUAAACUUUGGUCCCAUUUCAGCUCCGUGUCAGACAAAGACCAUUAAACCAGACGGCAACUGUUUUUUCAGAUCGUUGGCACAUGUGAUAUGUGGAAGUGAGGAGAAACACUUGAAGGUUCGCCGUGCAGUUGUGAAACAUCUGAAGAUGAAUACUCCGCUGUUUGAGAGGUACGUGAGAAGUGAGUAUUCUUCAGCAGAGGAUUAUCUGACACGAUCUAGAAUGUUUUAUUCUGGCUCAUGGGUAACAGAAAUUGACAUAUUUGUUGCGGCUGAUCUUUUCAAAACCACCAUAAUGACUUUUAAUGACGGCCGAUGGAAUGCGCACAAACCUAAUGGAGAGGCAUUCACUCAGAAUGCAAUUUAUCUGAAACACUGUAACCGUAAUCAUUAUGAAGUUGUGACAUGUGUUAAGCACAGGGAUCGAGAUUCUGUUUGUGCAGGAGCAUGUGGAAAUGUGGUCUCAAAUGAGGUCAGCAAACCAUGUCUGCGUAAGCGAAAGGUAAGUGAUGCUGAAGAAUGUUGUCCAACCAAAAGGCAUCGGGACAGAUAUCGCAACGACAGCGAGUACAGACAAAAACAACUGAAGUACGAGAAGGCAAAGUAUGGUAAUGACCCUGAAUACAGACAGAACAAAAUUGAGCAUGCCAAAGCUAAAUAUUGUGAUGGUGCCAUUUACAGGGGGAAAAAAAUUGAAUAUGCCAAAACAAAAUAUUCUGUGUGA